GUAAUGUCAUAUCAGGACAGAGAGGGGGCAGGGAGAGUGACCUUGAUGACUCCACCCUAUUGGAAGACAGAGAAGAGGGGGACCGCAAGGGUCGGUUGGUGUUUGAUGACGAUGACACCUGGAAUGACCUGGAGGUGGCUGGCAGAAUCGUUGAGGACCCCAUCAGAACAAAAGGCGCUGCUACAGGAAACAGCCACACUCUCACAAUAACAGGGAACGACGUCUCUCCCCCAGAGAGGAAGCUGAAGAGAAAGGUGGCUGGGGCCGAGCUGGAGAGGGUGUCAAUUAUCACAGCAGCCAACCAGGAGCCAGAUCCUCCUCCCGCAUCCCAGCUUAUGGGCAGGCUGUUCCCCUCGCUGAAGCCCAAGACCCAGGCCCCUGCUCCACCAGAGCCUAGGAAGUCUGAGAACGGACCAGGUGAGAGAGAGUUGCAAACACACUCUUAUCCCAGGGGAGCAUCUCAACAGCAACUGUUUUACCUUCCAAAGUUGGUAGCACCAGCAUUAAACUGUGUGUGUGUGUGGGGGGUCAGGCCAGCAGCAGCAGUCCACGCAGCUGAGGGAGAGAGAACGAUUCAGGACAGAGAACACUGCCAUGGCCAGACUGACUGGAGAACGAGAAUAAUAAUAAUAAUAUAUAAUAUAAUAAUAACCAGGAAUAUCUCAGGAAGGAGAGGGCAGAAGAAGGCUGAGGAGCAGGCCAGGUUUGAAGAGUUUAAGAGGGAGGAGACUAAGAAGCUGCAGAAGGAACGCAAGGUGUUUGAGAAGCACACCUCCGCCGCCAGGGCCAUACCAGAUAAGAGGGAGCUCGACGAGAUCCAGGCCCUGAAGCAGCAGCAGAGUUCCCUACACAAGGAGCUGAAGUGGAGAGAGAGCCGCUGGUCCACCACACACAAGCGUCUCCGACAGCAGAUCGACAUGAUUUAUUCAUAUGUGAAGAUGACUCCAGGUCUGCAGACUGAGUCCAGAGGUCAAUGAGCAGCAAGAGCUAAGUUAGGAUGUCAUCAUUCACCCUGAUGGAAAGAUGGAGAGGGUGCUGGCCUGUGGAGGGAGACUCCUCAUCUUUCCCAAUGGGACCAGGAAGGAGGUGUUAGCGGACAGACUGACAGCCAAUGUCACCUUCUUCAACAGGGACAUCAAGCAGGUUAUGGCUGACCAGAGAGUGAUCUACUAUGCUGAUGCCCAGACCAUUCACACCACCUAUCCUGACGGCAUCGAGGUUCUGCCCUUCCAACAACCAGACUAUGAAGCAUUUCCCUGAUGGCCGUAAGGAGAUCACGUACCCUGACCAGACAGUUAAAAACCUGUAUCCAGAUGGGAUGGAGGAGUGUACACUCACUGAUGGGACCAUCAUUCAAGUUAACCUGCAAGUCCACACCUAUCUACCACGUUCUCUACACUGACAUGGAUCUGGACAGGGAUGGCAGUAAGGAGGUCCACACAGACUAAAAGGAGGGAGUACCCAGGUGGCACUUUGAAGACAGUUUAUACAGAUGGCAGACCCGCUACACCACCGUUGUCAUGGACAACAGGCCAUAGGACUGAAUCAUUUGUGUUUCGAAAAGUUUAUUUUAAUGUGGUGCGAGUCUUUUUUUAUGUCUAUUUAUUUUAGCUAAUU